AUGGAGGACCUUGUUCCCGAUACCCCCGUUCGCGACCAGAAGGCUGGCCUGUCUUCCGUUCAAACGGGAUCUGAUGUCGAGACUGAUGAUCAGGACAGCUCAGAGUUCGAGGAGACCGUAGCUACUGUCCCUCUAUCCAAACAUGGAUUGCCAGCACAGAGAUUAUUCACUCCCGCAACACAACAAUUCACCCAAAAAGCUACCCAGCCCACACAAAUAAUAGACCGAAAUCACAACCAUCCUUUUUCGCCCUCUGCGCAAAAUGCUUCUGUUGUCCAAGUCGUCACAUCCUCGCCGCUGGCCCCUAAGCCUACUCUUUCCCGUCCUUACUACGCACCCGGUGCUGGAGUUUUGUCCAAUUCAAUGGCUCCUAUCGGGACGCAGUUUAGGCCUCCACCGAUGGUAAACGUGCCUAUUAAAAGGCCUCCUGCCAUUGACCUUGACGAUGAUGGCCCAACCUACCGCGGCGGGUCCUCGGACGAGGACGAUAUUCAAUUUGUUGGGACUACCGAUAUCAAGCGGUCUACAUUUGCGAGGAAUUCCAAGAGCCCCGAUAAAGAACGCAUCCUGGAAUCACCAAUUGCUACGAACGGUGCUGUGAAUCGUUUCAAGGAAAUUACCGCCUCCGCAUUCUACAACCCGUCGUUGGACACCAAUAAUGCGAAGCUGUCUGUAAAACGUUCGACUAGAAUCAAAGUUGAGCGAAUUCUCAACGUUUUCCCGAGCAAACCCGUCCAGCUUAUCCUCAACACCCUCGUAUCUAAGAGAGGCAAUUAUGAAGACGCUCUAGAUCAUCUAGCCCAGUUGGAGGAUUAUUUUCCCACCGGUUCGAUCUCUGACGACGAGCUAAGUUUGGACCGCAAUGUGCCCAAGGUGGAGCCAGCGAAACAACAGAUUAAGGCGAGAACGCGCAUUCAGGACAAGUGGACUUCAGGCCAGAGACUGCCAACCCAGAAGAGUGGAUCUGACGGAGGCUCUGCAGCUCCCCGUAAACGACUGAUCAGGGGGGCAAGAACACGUUCUUCGUCUCCCCCAUCCGGGACAUCACCAGCUCCGGCGCAUGUUACCAAGAAACCCGGUAGGCUCAUCAAAGGGAUCAAAUCUAGACCACGAUCAGAAUCCCCAGAGAUACCAUUCGUCGAGAUUGACUCAUCUGAAUCCGAUAACCAUGAGGAGUCCGAGGACGAUGGUAUUUUGGAAUCGAAAGUCCUUAAAUUUUUCAAUUCAUGUUCCGUGGCAGAUCUCUCCGAUAUCGCUGAAAUCCAGGAAAAUAUCGCCAACACCAUUAUCUCAAAACGUCCGUUCAAUUCUUUGAGCGCGGUUCGCCAAAUCACCAAGGAUGAUGAAACGAAUGGAAAGACUUCAAACGCGAAAUCGAAAAAGUAUGCGAAAAAGCCAAUUGGGGACAAAGUUGUCGACAAGUGUCUUGACAUGUGGACGGGUUAUGAAGCCGUAGAUGCACUUGUUUCUAAAUGCGAAGCACUUGGAAAGCCAGUUGCAAACGAAAUGAAACGAUGGGGCGUGGACAUCUUCGGCACGAAAACAGAAGGCGAGCUUGAAAUCGUUUCCUUGGAUACCGAGAAUUCGUCAGAUAGGGCUCAUGAUUCCGGAAUUGCCACUCCCUCAAGUGGCUGUUCAUCUGGCGCCGACGAUGACGAACUUAAGCUCAACAAUAUUUCACGCAAGAGGCAGCAAUACAUUGGGCAGCCAGUAAUAAUGAGUGAAUCGAUUACGCUGAAAAAUUACCAGAUUGUUGGGAUCAAUUGGCUCAACCUUCUUUACCAGCAGAAUUUAAGUUGUAUCCUUGCAGAUGAUAUGGGGCUUGGGAAAACUUGUCAGGUCAUUGCCUUUCUUGCCCAUCUCUUUGAGAAAGGAGUUAAGGGUCCGCAUCUUGUUGUCGUUCCCUCUUCGACCCUGGAGAACUGGCUUCGUGAAUUCUCAGUGUUCUGCCCAAAGCUGAAUGUCAUGCCUUAUUACGCCAACCAGAACGUUCGGGCUGAGAUUCGGCAGCAAAUUGAAGACACGAGGGACUCUAUAAACGUUGUAGUCACUACUUACACAAUUGCAAAGGCAAAAAUCGACGCGGCCUUCCUUCGCUCAAUGGACUUUUGUGUUUGUGUAUACGACGAAGGCCAUAUGUUGAAGAGCAGUAAAUCCAUUCUUUACGAGAAACUUAUCCGGAUUCCGGCUCAGUUCCGGUUAUUACUUACUGGCACUCCACUGCAAAACAAUCUCCAGGAGUUAGCUUCGCUUCUCGGAUUUAUCCUCCCGUCAGUCUUCAAGGAGCGAAAGGAAGACCUCGAGUAUAUCUUCAGCGCUAAAGCCAAGACGGUCGACGACACACAUUCGGCGCUACUAUCGGCACAACGCAUUGCUCGAGCAAAAUCCAUGCUCACCCCCUUUGUGCUUAGGAGGAAAAAGCAUCAGGUGAUCGAUCUGCCGCCCAAGCUCACCAGCGUGGAAUAUUGUGAAAUGAAUGAGGCACAAAAGAAUAUAUAUAACCACGAAGUCGAAACCGUGCGGCAGCUCAUUGCAGAUCGAGCUGCUGGAAAAAAAGUGGGCAAUAAGUCCGCCAACAUCCUCAUGAAACUACGCCAGGCCGCUAUCCAUCCCUUAUUCUACCGUCGCCACUACAACGACAAGACUCUCAGUCGCAUCGCCAGAGCAUGUGUAAAGGAUGAAAAAUGGGCCGCAUCAGACCCAGACCAAAUCUACUUGGAGCUAUGCGCAUACAACGACUUCGAAGUCCAUACCCUCUGCGAGCAAAACCCAACCACCCUCUCAAAAUUUACCCUCAAAAACGACGAAUGGAUGCACUCCGGCAAAGUCGACAAGCUCUGCGACUUAUUAAGGCGCUUCAAAGAAAACGGUGACCGUACCCUUAUAUUCUCCCAGUUCACCAUGGUCAUGGAUAUCCUCGAGCAUGUUCUGCAGACCCUGCAAAUGCGUUUCUUCCGCCUCGAUGGGAGCACCAGCGUCGAGGACCGCCAGUCUACCCUCGACGCCUUCCACGAACAAGUUGAUAUACCCGUCUUUCUCCUUUCAACCAAAGCUGGCGGCGCCGGCAUCAACCUCGCCUGCGCGAAUAAAGUUAUCAUUUUCGAUUCCAGCUUUAAUCCACAGGAGGACGUGCAGGCGGAGAAUCGCGCGCAUCGCGUGGGCCAGACGCGCCCGGUGGAGGUUGUACGACUUGUCACAAGGGAUACGAUUGAGGAGCAGAUAUAUGCGCUGGGCCAGACGAAGCUGGCGCUUGAUCAGCGGGUUUCUGGAGAGGACGAUGGGCCUGCUGCGUCGAGAAAGGGCGAGGAGGCUGGUUUGAAGGUCGUGGAGGAGAUGGUGAUUGCGAAACUUGAGGAGGAAGGGAAGAAUGGGUCUAGUGGGUCUGUUGCCAUAACUACUUCUCCUUCUGAAAGAGUGGAAGCGGACGCGGAAGCGAAAGCGGCCUGA